GUUGGAUACUUCUGAUUAUUUAUUAUCCAUUUCAUUUCAUAUCUGUAAAGAGUUUCCAAAAUUUUUCAUAAAAAUGUCCCGCAAACAAAAUCGCAUCAAUGUGUUUGUGCCACCGAUUAGUAGUUUUCCCGAAUCCAGUUUGCUGGGCGGCUAUGAACUCCAGGAUCGCGUCGAGUUGCCCAAGGCCACGGACGUCCUUGAGAAUGUCAUUGAAGAGCAAGAGCCGCACUUUCUCUACGUAAUCGAUGGCCGGGGCCGUAUUUUGGAGCAAAUGCGUUAUUUUGGCGACGAUUACCGUUUGGCUUUGAGGGAGGCCUUUACCCAAGAGGGCCACAUCCAUCCGGAUAAUGGUGCAGAAUUUGCAUCUCCAAAUCUAGAGCCCCUGACCGAAAGCCCUUACCCGUGACCACAAUAAAACAGUCGGAAUCAUUCGGCAUACCGGCAAAUAAAUUAACUGUCUCAAUUGAUGCACUUCUUUUGCUUGAUUGGCCAGGGCUAAAAAACAAUGUUGGUUCACUGAUAAAAAAAGGUAGUAAGAAAAAUAUCUGAUUUUGGAAUUUUGAAUUGUAUCUUAAACAUUAAAAUUAAUAUUAAUUGAAUAAAAAAAAAAAAUUUGGGUUCACUA